AUGUCCGCCGUCCUCCCCGUCGCCCUCGCAGUCAGUAUCGUCCGCUUCUCAGGCACCCUCGCCGUCUCCUUCAUCCCCUCUUCCUCCCCUCCACCAACCGCUCCCUCCUCGCCCUCAGCAACAGCCAGACACCCCCCUAGCUCCGACCCCGACCGACCCUCCACAUCUGGCUCCAACCCAACUACGCCACACCGCCCAACCACCCUCGCCUUCACCUUUCUCGACGACUACCGUCUCGACCUCUCCGUACGCUCCCUCGUCGGCUCCCGCUCUCGCCUUCAAGACGUGCCCAAGAUCGCCCAGCUCAUCGAAUCCCGCGUCCACGCCUGGUUCGACGAACGCGCCGUCGAACCGCGCUUCCAACAGAUUGUCCUUCCCUCACUCUGGCCCCGCAAACACAACACCCGCGGCGGCGCCACCACUGAAGACGUAGCCGCAGCAGACAACAACGAUGAUGACGAUGAAGGCAUCCACCUAGGCCAAGACUCAGACACCGACGACAACGAUCCCACACUCACAGCCGGUCUGCGACCUUUUGCCCCAUCCCCCGCCACCCUGGAAGAGCGCAUCGAAGCCGAGGGCGCCAAGAUGCGCGACGCAGAGAUCCGCGCUGGUGUAAGAAAGGCCGGGACGCAGCACGAGCACACCAGCAAGAACAACACCAGUACUACUACUGGUAGAAGCAGCAGCACUCAACCCCGCGACGACACGCUCGACAACAUGCGCCGGCGCGCCAAUGAACGCGGCGCAGCGCCGGACUCGGCCCCCGCGAGGCGACCUAGGCCUGCGAAUAGGCUUUCUGGCUUGUUGGAUAGUAUACCUGGGGCUAUGCCUCGGUGA